GUGACACAUCCACUGACUGGCACGUUAUUACUCAGCCACAGUUCCGCAGAUUGUAUUUCAGGUGUUAGGAAGCUCCCAAGUCACUCUGAAGGCGCUUAUGUCACUUGUACGCGUGGGUCCGUCAGCCUGCCAUCAGACGAGAGGCAUCCUACCUGCUGAGCAAGGACACAGAGACUUGGACGUGGUCCUUCCUGAACCCUGACUACCAAAAGAUGUCACAUCAAACAGGAAUUAAUGCAACAUCUGAGCUGAAAGAGUUUCUGGCAAGAGCGAGAGGAGGUUCCAUCAGAAUCAUGAAGAUUAUCAUCAGAAAUGAGGAGUUGGUGCUAGAUUCAUGCAGAGACCCGGCACAGAGCUGGGACAAGGAUUACGAUCAGUUCCUGCUUCCUCUUCUUAUGCCUCAGGAGCCUUGCUACAUCCUCUAUCGUCUGGACUCGCAGAACUCACAAGGAUAUGAGUGGAUCUUCGUUGCUUGGUCACCUGACCAGUCACCUGUGAGGCAAAAGAUGAUGUAUGCAGCAACCCGUGCCACACUGAAGAAAGAGUUCGGAGGAGGCCACAUCAAAGACGAAAUGUUUGGCACAGUGGAGGACGACGUGUGUUUCCAGGGAUACCUGCGCCACAAGGCGUCCUGUUCCUCCCCAGGUCCUCUCACCGCAGCUGAGCAGGAGCUGCAGCGAAUCCGAGUCACAGAGGUCACUAUGGAGUUUGGAUUAGACAAGAGGGCUCACACUAUUCAAGGUCUUGCUUUCCCUUUGCAAGAAGAAGCCAGACGAGCUCUCCAGCAACUCAAGCAAAAACGCAUAAACUACAUACAGAUGCGGCUGGACGUAGAGAAGGAGACCAUUGAAUUAGUUCACACCAAACCAACAGAAACCCACGAGCUUCCCUUCAGGAUUCCCGCAGAUUUCCCAAGAUACCACUUCUUCAUCUUCAAACAUUCCCAUCAAGGCCAGCCGCAGGAGGCGCUGGUGUUCAUAUACUCGAUGCCUGGGUACACCUGCAGUAUCAAAGAGCGGAUGCUGUACUCCAGCUGUAAGAACCGGCUACUGGAUGAAGUGGAGAGAGAAUACCAGCUGGAGGUCAUAAAGAAGAUGGAGAUAGACAGCGGCGAUGGGCUGACAGAGGAGUUCUUGUACGAGGAGGUCCACCCGAUGGAGCACACCUUAAAGCAGGUGUUUGCUAAGCCCCGCGGACCAGGAGGGAAGAGGGGCAACAAACGCCUCAUCAAGGGUGCAGGAGAGAACGGGGGAGAAAAUUAGACUUAACUCACAUCCUUAAUACAUAAUGUCAUGAUAUUUAAGAAUUGACUUGUUCUUUGACUCUUACGCUUCUAGCCACUGCCUCUUUUUGUUUUUUUACACCAGGAUAUACAUUUGGCAAUGAAAAUAAGGAAAAGUCACAACCACCUUAAAGCAGAGUUCAUUCUUUUAAGACGUUUUUGCUAAAUCAUCAUCAUGCUGAUUUUUGCCACCUUGUUGAAAGUCCUCCUCUUUUUUUCAUCAAUGAGUUGAAUCUUUCAUUUAUUAUUUCUACUGUGCAGCCAAACAGAGAUCCGGGUGUAAAUGAAUAAAAAAAUAAAUCAAGUCUAGACUAUUACAAAUUAGUUUAGUUUAACAGCUGAGAAGUCUGUUCUUAUGGGCGUAUUAUGCUUUUUAUACAUUCCUGGUUUGCGAACACCUAAAUCCACACCAGGAAAAAGAUCUUGCUCCUUACAUGGUUUAAACAUUUAUCUGCUACUUGUUUCCAUCGCCAUGGCAAAUAUUUCCAUAAUUGGUGAAGCAGCGGUAGUUAUCUUUGCAUUGGUAAAAUAUAAUCUGGCUGCAACCUCAUUUGUGUUGAAUUUUUAAAACCUGGAGGUUACAUUUGUCUUUUAAAGCAUCCUUGUCUUCAUCUGAGCAAUCGGAACAGACUCUUUUUCAGGAAGUUCUGUAGCAGUUGAUGGUGUGAGGAGAAGCUUCCCUAUUCUUCUUCUUUCAAUAUUUCAUGCACUAUUUCAACAAACCAGAAUAUAAUUUGACUGUGUAAAUGGGCAUAGUUUGGGCACUUUAAAAACAAAUAUGCUCCUUCACAUUAACAUGAGAAACUAUAGCUUUGUUUUAGUUUAUUCUGCAGAAAAGGCAGUUUGUACCAAUAACACAAGUCGUGCCUUACUUGACCAGAUAUCGUGAAUAGCUGGAAUCAUGUUAAUGUGAGCUGUGAUUGCAAAUAAAAUCUGGAAGUUAAAGAGUUUUAUAAAACAAUUCGAGGUGUUUUGAUAAAUUUAUAAAUGCUAACUAAUCUCUGUCUGCACCACUCAGGUUUGACCACACUCAGAAGAAGGCUGUGGUUUUACAC